CGCAGGCGCACUGGCGGCCUGGAGGGUCGAGGCGCCUGCGCAGUCGCGCUUCUUUAGGCAGCAGCCAUGGCGGGACAAGAGGAUCCCGUGCAGCGAGAGAUUCACCAGGACUGGGCGAACCGGGAGUACAUUGAGGUCAUCACCAGCAGCAUCAAGAAAAUCGCAGACUUUCUCAACUCGUUCGGGGCUGUAUGUGUGUCUGUGUCGGGAAUGGCAUUAAUCCUGAACGUCAGUCUUCUUUUACCAGAUAUGUCUUGUCGUUCAAGACUUGCAACACUAAACGAGAAAUUGACAGCUCUCGAAAGGAGAAUAGAGUACAUUGAAGCAAGGGUGACAAAAGGUGAGACCCUCACCUAGAACUGUGCCAUGCUGCUGCUGGGAAGUUGCUUUUACGGAACGCAGACCCUCGUGGGAAAGGCCCCAGCAGCCUUCAGCUCCUUCCUCUCUCCUUAAAGAACAACAGGGCUUACUCUUGUUUUUCUUUUUUUCAACAAUGUGGCCUUUGGGCUUUGCCGUGUAUACGCAGCAGUGUGAUGUGGCGUGUGGGGAGGGGUCCAGCGGAACUCUCAGAAGCAACAUUAGGCAUUUUACCUCUUCAGUAACAUUUUGUAUAACUACUUGUCAACCUAUUUGAGUCACUAACAGCCGAAAGUCUGGGACUCUGUCAAGGUCCUCCCCACCUCUCUCUUUCUCUCUCUCAGCCUUUCUUUAUAGCUCUCAUUGCCUCUGCAUUGAUUCUAUAAAUAGUCUUUGUCUCCUCUCCGCCUGUGGCUGAGGGUGGGAAGCGGUCCUGGCUGGGGUGCCCUGGCGAGGUGGCUGCCAGAGGAUGCUGUUGCUAUCCCACCAGUUUCUUGUCCUUUUGGGGAGGUCAGGGCCAGGCCCCCACUUGGCUUGAAAAGGGAUAUUUUCAGAGUUUUCUUUCUGUCACUUGGGGUAUCUUUACCGCUCAUAUUUCCCUAAUAAACUCCUCAACUUUAUCUGACUGCUGUGCUUGUGGUGGGGCAAGGAGCUAGAGAUGCAGCUCCCCUAUUCCACAGAAAUCUAAUGUGUGGGAUUCUUAUUCUAACAGAAAACUUUCAGAUGUAGCUGUUUGAUCAAGGCCUAGGUGGCUUGCCAGCUGGAGCCCCCAUAUUUGGACUUUGAGCUGAUUCAUCCUGGGAAUCAUUUGGUCAUUCAGCAGACAUUUACCAAGUACUUACUAUGUAGGCACUUUAUGCUCCAAUAAAAUAUACAGUGUUGAAUCAGGCGUGAUGCUUAAAGUCUGUUGAGAUACCAGCAUCUACACAAUUUAACUGCAAUCCAGGGCAGACUAUUAGUUUUAUAAGGUACAAGCUAAAUGUCUACUUCUUUUGGAAAGCUAAUCGUUUAAACAGAAGAGCUUAAAACUUUUAAUUCUAGCAUCAAAGCUUGCUAUGAACUUGUGCCAACUCAAUCCUAAAGGCUUAACCCCCAUUUAGAAUUUUCAUUUUAGUUACAUGGAAGUCAUUUCUCCCUAUUCAAAUCUUAUUUGCCACUCAAGGUCUACCUUAAGCCAAACCUCCUCCAUAAAGUUUUCCUGACUUUACUUUUUCAUUUAGUGCCGCCCUGUUCCUUUUCUCAGUCCUUCCCAUCCUUAGUGUCUGCAUCCUACAGUAUACAUGAGCACCUUAAAUUAUUUAUUUUUAUUGGCUGCAUUGUGUCUUCAUUGCUGCGCAGGCUUUCUGUAGUUGCAGAGAGCAGGGGCUUCUCUUUGCUGUGGUGCACAGGCUUCUCAUUGCGGUGGUUUCUCUUGUUGCAGAGCACGGGCUCUAGGCGCAUGGGCUUCAGUAGUUGUGGAGCAUGGGCUCAUUAGUUGUAGCUUGCGGGCUGUAGAGUGCAGGCUCAGUAGUUGUGGCCUGUAGGCUUAGUUGCUCCAUGGCAUGUGGGAUCUUCCUGGACCAAGGAUCGAACCUGUGUCCCCUGCUUUGGCAGGUGGAUUCUUAACCCCUGUGCUACCAGGGAAGCCCCUGGAAACCCCUGUUGUCUUAACUUUAAAAAGUAAAUAUGACAAUGUAUUGUUAAUUUUAUAUGGUGAGAUUAUCAGUGUUUGCUUUAUUAUUGUACUUCUUUGUAUUUUUUAAUUGGCCAAAAUAUAAACAAGGCAAAAUAUAUCCUAAGAGAAAAUUUUGAAAAGGCAGAAAAGUAGAAGGGAAGAAAAAUCACCAGUUGUUUUAAAGCACUUGGGUACAUUUUCUUUUUCUCUCUACUUGUUUGGGUUUGCAUAGUGGAAAAUGUACGCUAAGAACAAUAUACCCUGUUGCUUUACUUAGAGUACCCUAAAUGUUUUCCUUUCUCUUAAAUGAUCUUUGUUUACAUUUGCAGUGAUGCAAUGUCAAUGUUAAGGCCUGUGUGUAUCUCAACAACUGCCUUCAUUUUAGAGAUGUAGACAUUUCUGUCAUAUUAAACUGGUGUGCUUCACCUCACUGUC